CUGAUACCGUCCCGCCAGUCACAGCCCGCCAGUGACUUAGCCGCCAGUGGCCAGUCAGUACGCGGCUGUCCUCGCGUCAACAUGUCUCCCGUGUGGCUCGUGCUCGCAUUACUCCCUAUCAUCGGUGGAGCUCAAAGGUUUAACUGUCGUGGAAGAAUUCUGGGAGCGUAUUAUGCGGAUGCUAAGUCUGGGUGCAAGGCGUUUCAUGUUUGUGUGAGGGUCGCUGGAGGGGGGAUUAGGGACUUUAGGUUCUUCUGUCCCCCUGGUACAUUGUUCCAUCAAGAAGCCCAGACUUGUACAGACUGGGGAGAUGACGAUCCUUUAGCCUGCCCGGCAGACAUCUACGAUGGUUCGUUUGACCUGUACAAGAUAGGAUCUGGUUUCGAUACGAAAAAGGUCUCGUCUUCUGGCAAUCGUGAAGAUGAAGCCGAAUUCGGCCUACAAAGAUCUGAAACCGGAGAUCGUCGUCUCUCUCAAAAUGCUCCUAGCAGUGGAUCUGAUCUAAGAGCAGCGCAUUCCUCUGAUUUCUUCACAGGACAACGCGACCGCGGCCGUGACGAAGCGGUUGCUCAAACCCAGGCACCGGCAUCUAUAGCAGCCACCCGACAAUCAUUCAGAAGGAUCACAACAACCCGCCCUCCUUAUACAAGCACUCCUUUCUACCAAACUUCACCGUCUUCCACAACCUUGCCUCCCCAACCGUCAUCUCAGCCCCAAUACGAAAUAUCCAAGCGUAAAUUUUUAAGGAAACGUCCCGUUUAUUCCUCAACAACAUUACCGACAACUGUACAAAACACUUAUCCUCCACAAACUUACUCCGAGCCUCAACAAAAUUAUAACCGUAAAGUUCAACAACAGAACAAGAUAUUCCCAACAACAGUCAAUAUCCCCCCACAGUAUAAAGACGAAUACGUUGAAGUCAGUAAAGUAGUUCCAAAACAAUACAAUAAUAGAUUUUUCCCUAAUAACCCAACUCCAACUCCUUUCGCUGAAACAACGCUUGCUCCUCAAAAUACUAAAAAAGAUGGAUUUGGUGAUUCCUUUAAUUACGAUACACAGUCUACUCCGGCUAAUUACAACGAGAAUCGUCCAUUCAAAGUAAGAAAUAAUUUUAACGUACAAAAUGAUGUAUCGAAAGAACAGGACUUCGUUCGUAUAAGAAACUACAAUAAUAACAACAAUAACAACAGAUCUCCCGUUACAUCAACAGCUGAUUACAAUACAGCUCGUAGCACAAGUACACCAGUGUACAAAAAUUUUAACAGCGUCUCUUAUGAAACGGAAAAGAAAAAUUUCGCUCCAUUUCUUGGCGCUAAGCAGACCUUUUAUAAUAAUCCCACCACCACCCCUUCUACUACCACUGUUUAUACGACUACCCGCUCUGAUCUACCACCCAACAUAAACACAAUCGCUUACAAUACAAACAUAGGAUUCAAUACUCAAUCCUCGAACUACGCUGAUAGCGGCGAAGACGAUGGACAAUAUCGACCACCACAAGGUGAAGACGACGGUCAGUACCGACCAGAGCUAUAUGAGAGAGAAUCGGAACUACUGUCUGGUGCACACUCUUUAAACAUCGCAGCGAGUGGUAACAGACUUCCUGAUGACCAAAAGGUCAGAAAAACUUCAAAGGCAGUAGGGAAAACAUCACCACCGAGGCCAUUCAGACCUUCUCCAACCACAACUCUCCAGCCUUCUGAGUACACCACGACUUAUAGACCGCAAUCUGAAUCAUCAACUCAUAGGAACUUCGAUUAUUAUCAACCUUACACAACCACAUCAAGACCUUACGAAUCACCUUCAGUCGCAUAUACCUUCGCUCCUUCCAACCCACCAGUUAAAGUAACCACGACAUUAGCUCCAAGAACAACAGAACGAUCACAGCCAAAAGAAACAGCUCAACCAACGACAUCUUUACCAUACUCCUCAAAAUCCACUCGACCUCCCCAUUAUUCGAAACCCGCAAAUCACAGAGAGGACAAUAGCUAUGAUUAUGCCUAUUACGAUUCUGAUCCCGGCUUCUCAGAAUACGACCAAAUAGAGGAGUUUGGUAGAACUAAGUCUAGACUAUAA